GACCCGCCCGCGCCAGGGCCGGGACAGGCACCGCCAUUCCUGCAGCGGCUUCUACUCCGGCCGCUCCCGCCCCGCUCGGCCCACAGAGAGCAAUGGCGGCGCCCGCGCUGAGGAAACGUGCUGAGGUUGGCGUGACCUUUGAGGACAUUGCCCUGUACUUCUCCAGGGAGGAAUGGAGCCUCCUUGAUGAGGGUCAGAGACAGCUGUACCUGAAUGUGAUGCUGGAGAACUUUGAACUUGUAUCCUCGAGAGGUCACACUGGAGACAAGCCUUAUAAAUGCAUUGAAUGUGGAAAAUCUUUUUCAGGGAGCAAUGGUCUUCGAUAUCAUCUGAGGGUUCACACUGGAGAAAAGCCUUAUAAAUGCUAUGAAUGUGGAAAAUCUUUUACAGGGAGCACUGGUCUCCAAUAUCAUCAGAGAGUUCACACUGGAGAAAAGCCUUAUAAAUGCAAUGAAUGUGGAAAAUGUUUUGCAGGUAGGAAUGUUCUCCAAUAUCAUCAUAGGGUUCACACUGGAGAAAAGCCUUAUCAAUGCAGUGAAUGUGGGAAAUCUUUUACAGGGAGCACUGGUCUCCAAUUUCAUCAGAGAGUUCACAGUGGAGAAAAGCCUUAUCAAUGCAAUGAAUGUGGGAAAUCUUUUAACUCUAAGAACAUUCUUCAUCAACAUCAGAGAAUUCAUACAGGACAAAAGCCUUAUAAAUGCAGUGAAUGUGGAAAAUCUUUUGCAGGGAGCAAUGGUCUCCAAUACCAUCAGAUGGUUCACACUGGAGAAAAGCCUUAUAAAUGCAGUGAAUGUGGAAAAUCUUUUACCCAGAGCUCUGCCCUUGGUUAUCAUCAGAGAGUUCAUAUGGGAGAAAAGCCAUAUAAAUGCAGUGAAUGUGGAAAAUCUUUUACCCAGAGCAAAGGUCUCCUAUAUCAUCAGAGAGUUCACACUGGAGAAAAGCCUUAUAAAUGCAGUGAAUGUGGAAAAUCUUUUACACGUAGCACUAGUCUCCAAUAUCAUCAUAGAGUUCACACUGGAGAAAAGCCUUAUAAAUGCAGUGAAUGUGGAAAAUCUUUUACCCAGAGCUCUGCCCUUGGUUAUCAUCAGAGAGUUCAUAUGGGAGAAAAGCCAUAUAAAUGCAGUGAAUGUGGAAAAUCUUUUACCCAGAGCAAAGGUCUCCUAUAUCAUCAGAGAGUUCACAGUGGAGAAAAGCCUUAUAAAUGCAGUGACUGUGGGAAAUCUUUUACAAGUAGCAGUGGUCUCCAAUAUCAUCAUAGAGUUCACACUGGAGAAAAGCCUUAUCAAUGCAGUGAAUGUGGGAAGUCUUUUAUCCAGCGCAGUGAUCUUUAUUAUCAUCACAGACUUCAUACAGGAGAAAAGCCUUAUCAAUGCUGUGAAUGUGGGAAAUCUUUUACAGCUAAGAACAUCCUUCAUCGACAUCAGAGAGUUCAUGCAGGAGAAAAGCCUUAUAAAUGCAGUAAAUGUGGAAAAUCUUAUAAAAGUAGCAGCGGUUUCCAAUAUCAUCAGAGAGUUCACAUUGGAGAAAGCCAUUAUGAGUUCAAUUAA